CCUACCAGCGAGCUUGACUUUGACAUUGAUAUCGGAGAGCUGAGGCAGCAGUUUGAGCCCAAGGCCAAGGCUGUUUUUAAGAAGGCGGAGCAGCCUGUGAAGAAGCAAGUCAUCCGUAUUAUCGACAUGCAAAAGUCACGGAAUGUGGAGAUCUCCCUUCGCAGCAUGAAGCUUCACCCGAACGAUCUAGUGGUCGCUGUGCUGAGUGUUGACACGUCCACCAUAGGCGAGUGGUGCGACAGCCUGGUGGAAACCCUGCUCAAGUAUGGCCCAGACGACAAGGAGAAGAGGCUGCUGCGGGAGUUCAAAGGGAACGUGGAGGACCUGGGCCCUUGUGAGCAGCUCUUCCGAGCGCUGCUGGGGGUCCAGCGACUGGAGCCCAAGCUGAAGGUCUUGCAGUACAGAAUAUUCCUGGCGGAGAGGGCGCCAGAGCUUGCAGACACAAUCAAGUUCGUCACUCUGGUUUCACAAAAGAUCCAAGAGUCCCAGAAGCUGCAGCACGUGCUGCUGGUGGUGCGAGACAUUGGCAAUAAACUCAAUGAAGGAACCAAGAAGGGCAAGGUGGUUGGCUUUGCUGCCAAUGAUCUUAACAAGGUGGCCAACACCAAGGGCUUCAUGGCUUAUCUGAUCAAGGUGCUGAGCGAGUGCCGCCCCGAGUGGCUCUACUUCUGGAAGGACUUCACAGAUGGGUCGCGCAACCUGCUGAACGAGGCAAUCAAGGUGGACCAGAAGGGGUUGGCAGAGGUGGUUGGGGAGCUGGACAGAGGGAAGGUGCUGGUCGAGCGAGAGCUGAAGGAGUGCGAGAAGAUGGUGGAGGAGGAGAAGAAGAAGGAGGAGGAGAGGGAGAAGGAGAAGAAAACGAAAGAGGAGGGAGAGAAGGGGGAGGGUGAGGGUAAGGAUGGUGGGAAGGCAGAUAGUGAGAAGAGUGGCGAGACAAAAGGAGAGGGGGAGAAGGAAGGGAAGGGAGAGGGAGGAGGAAAAGGGGAUGAGGGGGAGAAAAAGGAGGAGAAGAAGGAGGAGGAGAAGAAGGAGGAGGAGAAGAAGGAGGAAGAGAAGAAGGAAGAUGAGCUACCAUUGAAGCAUGCGGAUACACAGAGGGCCAUGCAGCUGUUCUACGACGAGGAUGUGGUGCGAUGGCACGCCAGCGUGCACGGGCUGAUAGAUGAAAUGAACGCCAGUGCUGAGAAUCUCGCUCGAAAGUUUGGCUCGGACCCCAAAUCGACGUCCUUCACACUUAUCUUUGGUGUGCUGAGAGACUUUGUGGAUCUCUUCAAGAAGAAUCUGGUGGAGUAUGAGAAGAAGAAGAAGGCCGAGGAGGAGGCUGCCAGGGAGAAGGCGAAGCCCGCUUUGAAGCAGCAGAGGGAGCAGCGGGAGCAGCAGCGGGAGCAGGAGAAGCAACAGAAAGCGCAGCAGGAGAAGCAGCAGCAGCAGCAACAGCAGCAAAGGCAGGACGCGGCAGCAAAAGCCGCAGCAGUGGAGGGUGAGGAGGAAGAGGACGAGGAAGGGGAGGGGAGUGAGGAGAGCGAGGAGGAGAGAAGAGGAGCUGGGGGCGGAGGGGGGGAGGUUGCCCCAGGGGUAGGGGGGGCAGCGCGAGCAAUGCUGGCAGGGGCGAUCACUAGAAGGAGAGCACCAGUGGAUGAGGAUGAGGACAGCGAGGAGGAUGAUUGGAGCGAUUAGAAGCACCAGGGAAGGUGGAAGGGGGGGGGGUCCCCAGGGGUAGGGGGGGCAGUGCGGGCAAUGCUAGCAGGGGCGAUCACGAGGAGGAGAGCACCAGUGGAUGAGGAUGAGGACAGCGAGGAGGAUGACUGGAGCGACUAGAGGGGUAUAGAAGAUGAGGUGCAGCAGGGGUGGAGGGGGGGAGAGUGCCCCAGGGGUAGGGGGGGCUGCGCGGGCGAUGCUGGCUGGCAGGGGCGAUAACGAGGAGGAGAGCACCAGUGGAUGGACAAUGAGGAGGACAACUGGAGGGACUAGAGGGGUAUAGAAGAGAAGGUGCAGCAGGGGAGGAGGGGGGAAGAGUGCCCCAAGAGGGGGGGGGGUGGGGGGGGGUACUGCACGGGCAAUGCUGGCAGGGGCGAUCACGAGGAGAUGGGCGCCGGUGGAUGAGGAUGAGGAUAGUGAGGAAGACGACUGGAGUGACUCGUGGGCGAAUGGGUGCCGGUAUGGGGCAGUAAGGGGCGGUAUGGGGCGGUAUGGGGCUGGAGCAAUUUUGAGGAGACGGGCACCGGUGGAUGAGGACAGCGAGGAGGACGAUUGGAGCGACUAGAGGGGGAUGAGGGUGGAAGGAAUUAGUGAUCGAUCACGAGGGGACAGGCGCUGGUGGAUGCUGACGAGGACUGAGUCAGACCAAAACAAGGACAGCGAGGAGAGGAGGACGACUGGAAGAUGUUAGGAUCGGAGGGCCAGGGAGGGAUGAAGUGGUUCCGGCAACUGUAAGAGCGGACCUCUGCUCUGCUGCAACCUAUGGGAAUCGCCGAGCCUAAUCGUGUUUGGAGGGCCAGUAGUCAAGGGAGGUGUAACUAGGUUAGGGUGUAUGCGGUGGUGGUGUGGUCGUUUUUUGUUUCUAAUUUAGCGUGCGGGUAUCCGCAGUGUAAGAGAUGAGUUCAGGGGGAAGUGUGCUACCAUAGUUACUCCCUAUUGAUUUAUAAUUUGUACCAGAGAAGGCGUUUAGUGGACUGAGUGUUUUGUGAGAUGUUUUGCGCCUGAUAAACUGUUUUGAUCAUG